AUGGAAAAUCGUGGUAGAAAGAGCAAUUCAGGUGACAGAUUUUCAUUUCCAAUAAUUAUGCCGGUUCAGGAAGGAGAAGAAAUGGAAUUUGAAUUUUCCGGUAGUGUUUCGCCGGGAUCUCCGAAAUCUCCGGCGGAUCAUUUGUUCUUCAAUGGACGGUUAUUGCCGCAUUAUUUCCCCUGUCAACCGGUAAGUAAUAUCAAUAGUCCGAUUUCAUUUUCGCGAUCAACGAGCAGAACAAGUAAUGCUAGUAGCAGAGAUUCGCUCUGGUCCUCGCGCAGCAACAGCACGAAUAGUCGUAGCAGUUGCAGCAGUAGCGCGAGGACCAGCACGAGCGAAUCUUCUGAAAGGAAAUUGAUAAAUCAAGGGAAGAAUUCAGCGUUUGCUAUGUAUAGAAAUUCGUCAAAUAAUAUGAAUUUUUCGACUACUCUGCAUACUGGAGUUUCGCCAAAAUGGCAGUUUAUUGUGACACCAGCACCAGUAAUGAAGAAAAAACACCAAUUUUCAGCUCCAGUUAUGAAGAAAAAAGGGCAAUUUGUUUCGAAAUCUCAGAAACAGAGUGCGAAAGGAGGCAAAGAGUUGAAGUCGAGGAAACAGAUGAAGGAAAAUGGUAAAAGAAAAGUGAGAUUUUGGCUUUUGCGUAGAGUUUUCAGGAAGUUUAUGUCAACUUGCAGAGAAUGUCACGCUAUGGAACCAACAAGAAGAGCGAGGAUUUCUCGUCGUUGA